AUGGUUAGAGCGGAUGCAUCCGUCAGCAUCAAGGUGCUCCUGAAUGCCAUGACAGCACACUUUGGGUUUAGGCCGACUUACAGGAGGGUCUGGAUGGCAAAGCAGAAGGCUGUUGCCCUCAUCUACGGUGACUGGAAUGAGUCAUACAACGAGCUGCCCAGGUGGGUGUUGGGAGUCCAAUUGACGAUGCCUGGUACUGUUGCAGUCCUAAGGACUAGCCCCGUUCGAGUUGGAGGACAGGCAUUCCGUCAUUGCAAGCCGCUAGUCAGCAUUGACGGCACCCAUCUGUAUGGCAAGUACGGGAGAACGUUGCUCAUCGCAAUUGCACAGAACGGGAACUCCAACAUUCUACCUGUUGCAUUCACACUAGUAGAGGGUGAGAAUGCUGAGUCUUGGGCAUUCUUUCUCUCCCACCUUCGUCUGCACGUGACACCGCAGCCGGGUUUGCUGGUUAUAUCGGACAGGCAUAAUGGCAUCAAGGCUGCGCUUGAGGCUCUUGACGGAGGUUGGUUACCUCCAUCUGCAUACCGUGCAUUCUGCAUUCGACACGUAGCUGCCAACUUUGCCCUUACCUUCAAGGGCAAAGACGCACGGAGGCUUAUUGUGAAUGCGGCGUAUGCCAAGACCGAGGUUGAGUUUGAUUACUGGUUUGAUAUUCUGCGGUCUGAAGACCCGACGAUGUGUGAGUGGGCAAACCGGAUUGAUUAUUCCUUGUGGACUCAACAUUGUGACGAGGGUUGGAGAUUCGGUCACAUGACGACGAAUAUCUCCGAGUGUGUGAACUCAAUCCUGAAGGGUGUCAGAAACCUACCUGUAUCCUCGCUGGUAAAGGCAACAUAUGGAAGGCUUGCGGAACUUUUUGUUCGCAAGGGGAGAGAGGCUGAGGCCCAGAUGGGAACCGGACAACAAUUCAGUCAGCACUUGGCCAAGUGUAUUGAGGCCAACUUGAAGACAGCGAGGUGCUUCACGGUGACUUUGUAUGACAGGGAUAAUUCCGAGUUCACCGCUGCCGAAACCACUCCGAUUGGUUCCUUCUCAUUGGGUAGCUACAGAGUAUCGCUUGUCGCUCGGACAUGUGACUGCGGCGUGUAUAGGAUUAGUUCGGUAUUCAGUGUGUAUCGGAUGAGAUUCAUCCCUCCGAUUCCAGAGGGUUUCUGGCCACCAUACGACGGGCCCACUGUGAUACCGGACCCUGACAAGAGGCGUGCGAGAGAGGGUCGUCCGAGGUCCACCAGGAUACGAACAAAUAUGGACGAGGCAGAUCCAAACCGUUCAAAGAGAUGUGGCCUAUGUCGCCAACUCGGACACACACAUCGGAGUUGCCCACAGUUGAGUGGAUCGUCUCACACUGGGGGCCAUUAG